GUCACUUUGUCCGUGUACACUUAGUGAUUUAAUUGUAUACUCAUUCUAAGCAUGCCGCGUCGGUAUCCAUUGCUUGGAACAGAAGAUCCCCAAGAAGAGAAGGCUAAAAGACCAUUUACAAUGCGGGCGGAACAGGAGAUCUGGGAUUUGGGAGAUCCUGUUCAGAAACGAGUAGUGACCAAGGAGAGACACAGUGAAUUUGCCAUGGGACUAAAGUCGUCGAAAUACCCCUUCGUACCCGACCAUACGGCUCCCGCCAUGGUGCCUAGAUUGGCAUGGUUGACUGAAAUACAGAGCCUGGAUUAUGCGUUACUACUGCCGGACCUUAUAGAGGGACUGACCGACAGAGAGAAGGUGAACUAUGAUAUCGCCAUGACAGCCAUUACUGAUAUAUUCAAACACGGACCGACGGAGAAGGUAAUCGACGCACUACCAACGCUAACGAUUGCGGUCAAAAAAGCGUUCGCGAUGAACAACAUCAAAGUCACACGAAGGGUAAUCGAGGCACUCAGGCGAAUGUGUGUGAUAGAACCGGGUGUUGGACCGGAUCUGGCAUUUUACAUGCAUGAGAUACUGGUGCCACUUAACUUCUACUUCAAUCAGAUGAAAAAUCAAAAUGACCAAAUAGUGUACAACGAAACGCUGUAUUCCGACCUCUACGACCCCAUUGAUGGGCUUGUCAAACUUUUUCUGAGGAUAUCCGGACCCGAACUGGACACUGCAGAAAGAAACAUAAAAAAAGCGAUUCCGGUUUAUCAGAUUUCUCGUGAACCUUAAGUUACCGAAGACGUUCUCUUGAAAAAUGCUUCGGUUUGCCUAUUAUGUAAAUUUGUUUACAUUUCAGUUACAGUAUUCAACGG